GUCCGUGUCAGUCGGUGCUGGAGUGUUUCCAUUGAAGCUGCUUCUCUCCCCCCUCCCUCUCCCCGGUCGACCGAAACAGACGGGAGCGAUGGAGGAAGAGUUAAAAUGCCCCGUUUGCGGUUCUCUCUUCAAGGACCCCAUCCUCCUGCCGUGCUCCCACAAUGUCUGCCUGGCCUGCGUGCGGAACAUCACCGUCCAGACCCCGGAGGGGGAGACCCCGGUGCAGAGCCGAGCCUCGGGCAGCUCUGACUACGACUACCUGGACAUGGACAAGAUGAGUCUGUACAGCGAGACGGACAGCGGAUACGGCUCCUACACGCCGUGCCAGCUCAAGUCUCCCAACGGGGUGCGGGUGUUUCCACCGGCCAACCACCACCGACACUGCUCCCUCACCUGCCCGCUGUGCCACCGCAGCGUCUCCCUGGACGAGCGGGGGCUGCGGGGUUUCCCUCGGAACCGGCUGCUCGAAUCCAUCGAGACGCGGUCCAACCAGAACAGCCGCGCCUCUGCGCCGGCGUCCUCCCUCUCACCGACGUAGAAGUGCGAGCUGUGUGACCACAACCCGGUGGACGCGACGAUGAUGUGCGAGCGGUGUGAUGUGUACUAUUGUAACGCGUGUCAGCAGCGGUGCCACCCGUCCCGCGGUCCGCUCGCCAAAGCACCGCUCGUGCUCCCGCCGCAAGCGCCGAACCGAGAGGCGGCGGCGGCCCCAGGCGGUGCGGCGAGCGGCGGAGGCGGUCAGCUGCCGCCCGCCACCGCGCGGAAACCGGCGACCUGCGUGGACCACGAAGCGGAAAACUUCAGCAUGUACUGUUACAGCUGCAAGGCUCCGGUGUGCAUGAAGUGUUUGGAGGAGGGGAAACACGCCAAACACGACGUGAAAACGCUGCCCAUGAUGUGGAAACAACACAAGUGCCAGAUCUCCCAGGCCCUAAACGGAGUCUCCGACAAAGCUAAAGAUGCCAAGGAGUUUCUAGUUCAACUCAAGAACAUGCUGCAGCAGAUACAGGAGAACGGCGUGGAGUUCGAAGCUUGCCUCGUGGCCCAGUGCGACUCGCUGAUCGAGGCGCUCACCAGACAGAAAGCCAAACUGCUCACCAAAGUCACCAAGGAGAAGGAAUACAAGCUCAAGGUGGUGCGUGACCAGAUCAGCCACUGCACCAUGAAGCUACGUCAGACCACCGGCAUGAUGGAGUUCUGCCUGGAGGUCCUGAAAGAGAACGAUCCCAGUGGAUUCCUCCAGAUCUCAGAUGCUCUCAUCAAGAGGGUCAUAUCAUCUCAGGACCAGUGGGUGAAAGGGGCCCUGGAGCCAAAAGUAGGUCCUGAGUUUGAUCUCACCCUCAACACCGACUCGCUGCUCCAAACCAUCCUGCAGCUGGACUUCUGCCAGGGCAAAGAUGUGCAGGAGAAUCCGUUAUUGAAACAAAUGCAGGUGGCUGACAGUGGUGAGACUGAGCUGGAGACAGAGAGCCCAGGAGUGGAGUCUGGACCCUCGGUGCCGCCGGCUCCUCUCUUGCAGCUGGAGACGUGCUGCGCAAGGAACAACAGCGCCACCCUGGCCUGGAGGGCGACCGUGGCCCCCGUCAGUCCCAUUGAGGGCUACAUCCUGGAGCUCGACGACGGCAACGGAGGACAGUACAGGGAGGUGUAUGUGGGGAAGGAGACCGUGUGCACUGUGGAUGGCCUUCAUUUUAACAGCUCCUACAAUGCCAGAGUGAAAGCGUACAAUGCGGUCGGUGUGGGGCCGUACAGCAAGACAGUGGUGCUCAAGACCUCUGAUGUGGCCUGGUUCUCCUUUGACCCCAGCACAGCUCAUCGCGACAUAGUUCUAACCAAUGAAAACCAGACGGUCAGCUGCAGCAGCUACGAUGACCGCGUGGUGCUGGGAACCGCCGCUUUCUCCAAAGGCAUUCACUAUUGGGAGGUCCGCAUCGAUCGCUACGACAACCACCCCGACCCUGCGUUCGGCGUGGCCAGGAUCAACACCAUGAAAGACAUGAUGCUGGGAAAAGAUGACAAGGCGUGGGCCAUGUAUGUGGACAACAACCGCUCCUGGUUCAUGCACAACAACUCCCACACCAACAGGGCGGAGGGAGGAAUCGCCAAGGGCUCGACUAUUGGCGUCCUGCUGGAUCUGACUAAACGCACACUGACUUUCUACAUCAACAAGAAGCAGCAUGGACCGACAUCAUUCGACAACCUGGACGGGGUCUUUGUACCGGCCGUCAGCCUCAACCGAAACGUACAGGCGACCUUACUGACGGGCCUGGAGUUGCCAAAGACGACCCAACCGUAGGGCAUCUUCCAUCUGAGCGUGCCCGGGGUAUAAACCAACCAUGUCAUAUGCGUCUCGCUCCGACCGGGACCUAUUCCAGUCACGUCAGAUGGUAUUUACCCGUUUUCCAUCCUUCCCAAGGUGCCCUUCAAUGUGAGAUCCUGCUCCAGAACUGGAUGAAGGAAUGAAAUCUGGGUUGUUGUUGUUGUCGGCUCUUAAUACACUGAUUUGAAGCUUGAGGACAUCACUACAAGGAUGACUGGAUUGCCAUACUUUUUUCUUCUUCUUAUAUCCCAGUUUUUGCCCCAAUAAGUUACAUCAUCUGUUAUUGCACCAAAAAAUGAAGAAGAAGGAAAAUUCUCUGUUGUGCAUCCAAGUGCUGCUGUCAAAGAGAUCUACACGCUGAGAUCUAAAGCCGGGGAGGAUUGAGCUCCAUUCCAUUUCCUUUUUUCAGGAAUGUGACGGAUCUGCAAAGCACCGGAGUGGCCACUCUGCAGGGGGAGUAUUUCAUUUUGCAACCUUAAAGUGGUAGAAUCAUUUUGGUGCAAUUCAGCUGUGUAAUUAGUUGUGUCAUUUUCAAGUGACUCGUCAUUGUCUUUCUAAGAAGGAAGGGAUUUAGUUAGAUAGAAUGUUAUUUGCCGCUCACAGUGAUUAUCUGCCUCAAAUGGUAGAAUAAAAGAGAGACUCACCAGAUACCAGAUCUCAUGCAUCAUUUUGCCACCUUAAGACAUAGUUUGAUAUUUUUGGAAGUACACUUAUUUUAUGAUUUGUAAGGUUUAAAAAUGAGAUAGAACAUGAUAAACCGGUAUAUAAACCGGUAGUUUUAGUAAAAGCACUACACUCUUUAUGCUUAAGUUACUGCAAUUGUCUGCUGGAUGUGGUUUCAUUUAUACUAGAGACGUGACGAUGGUGGUGUUAUGCUCAUUCAAUAAGUGUAUACCUCAAAAUGUUAAAAAAUCACAGACAACGAUACUGACAGGCAUUUUCACUUUGCGAUCUCUACUGAAAUUUAAAAUAAAAUUCUUUGAAUUAAAUCAGAUUGAACAGCUUAAGCUUUUAAGGACUAAACCACCAUGUGUGCGAACGAGGCAGAUUAAUUACAUGAUGUUUUUCUGCUGCCUCUCCCGGGUUCUGCAGUCACCCUGACUCAUGAGGACAUGAUUUCACCUCAAGGGAUAAAGUCACAAAAUGCCGGCCAGCUACUGUUCUAUAUCAGAGGUAGAUGAGGAAAGUGUGCUUGUCUCAUGGUCAUUUUAAUUCUGUGCUCAUCUAUCAGUCUCUCUGUAGAAUCUCUGCAGCAAAAUUCAACCUAACCACUGUGACUCCGGAUAUAACAUGCAUACAUUUUAACAUACAUUUCCCAUGUAUAUUCCUCAACCAAAGCAGCAUAGGACAGAAGCUCAUUUAAGUAAUCCUUAUUAUAAUAUCUGAAAUAUUUCUAUUCCCUGUGAUGUUGUGUGAGAGCGUUACUAGAAAUACCUGCCAUUCAAAGAUCGGACUGAUGUGUGAAUGCAGAACAACAAACCAAUGUAAAUACGUGAACUAUAAUGUGAGAUAUUGAGCAUGGAUUAAGCGUCAAAGAAGUUUACAAAAAUAUCUGAAGCUGUACUGUAAAUAGUGUGCCGUGUCUUUGCAGUGAGUGAUGUUGAAGCCAACUGCUACCACAGCUCGCCCUCUGCUGUAGGCUGCUGGGGACCACAUGAUUCCUCACCAUGUACUGCUAUUUCUUAACACCCGACUGUGAAUUUGUACCUUUUAUCGCUGACUUUUUAAACGCUGCCAGCGAUCGUUUUCUCGGACGAGGUGUCAGAAUUGCUGCGCUCUCCACACCGCGUAUUGUCAACUGUCAGACGUCGAGUUGGAGUUACUAACAUUUGUAGGUUUACAGUAUUAUGAUUGCAGCAGGAAGCAAUUACGUAUUGCAUAAUACACCCAAAUUAUUUUAGAUUAUCAGUUCAACAUACAUUUUAAAUAUGUCUGGUGACGGAACAGUAGAUACUAUAAAUUAAAGAAGGCCUUACUUGAAUUAAUUUGUCCUAAUCUCAGAAACAUGACAGAAUGUGUUGGCCUGUGUCUUUUCUUUAGAGAAUGUAUUUAACUGUGGAGCAUUAGAGUAGUGUUACAAGAUUAAAUAUUUCAAUUUCGGUUUGUUUAAAUGUGUUAAAAUAAUAUUUAAGACAUACUAUUGAUUGAGCCUUCUUUAGAGGAUAUUAUGCAUUAAUCCAUGAAUCAAACCUGCACCUGAUGCUGCAUUCAAAUGAUGUGGAAAAGAUUGUUUUACAUCUAUAUUUCUAUAACGGUGGAGUGUCGUAUUGAUGGACCCAGAUAAUUCUUUCAUCUCAAAGCAUUUCAUAACUUUUAGUUCAUAUUUUUGGUAUUCUUUAACUUUAAGUUCACUCACUCUCUACAUACAGCAUUGCUUUUGGCUGCAGCAGCCAAAAGAACAGACUUGGUAAACUGCCCUGGCAACCUUGUUUCUGAUGCACCCAAGCAGCAAAAAAUAGUAAUUGCAGGUUUAAUUAAGCAUUUCAUUGGCAACAAUAAAUCAGACAAAAAUAGUUUUAUAUCAAUUUCAAUUUAAUUUCAUGUAUAUUAAAAGUAGGUCUACGUUUAUCAUCUUUACCACGUGGCGUGAAUGCACCAUCAGCGUCAGAACCAGGACUCAAAUCGGUUCCUCUGGACCCAGGAAGCAAACAUCUAUCAUCCCAAAGGAGAGUUCAUCCUCACCUUGCCCCGGGCUGCCCGCCGUGCCCCUUCGGCCUAUAAUGGCAUCAUGCGAGGUUGCUCUACUCGGACCGCCCUCCCGCCUCCCGCCUCCCCCACCACUAGAGCGCCCUGCCUAUGAUUUUGAUGUACCCGGGAAUGGAUCAUAGGCCCACAGGCAGAGCGAGGGUUUGGGUCACAUGAGCGUGUGUUGAUAUUGAAAAGUUGCAGAGGAAAUUAUGACUGGAGACGGACAGACGCUACAAUGUGUUGGUUGGGGGCUCAAAAAGCCAAACAGUCCAGUGAAAUGGAAGUUUAACGCCUUUUCCUUUCUGCGUACAGUUGUCUCUUAAAUUACUAUCAAAAUACGUUUUGUUGCAAAAAUCCACAUAUUUUCAAAGUUACAUUGUAGUCACUCCUGAUUCGAUAUGAUAUUGUCAGAGUGCUUGUAUGGCAUGUCCCUUUACCCCUACACCUACCCAGCCACCCAUGGAUGUGAGAUUUAACUUCAAGCUAUGGUGCAGGGGAAAAGAACAUGUCACUGCUGUAAGCUGUUUAAGUUUAAAGAAUUGCAUAUUUAUUUACUCUAUAAAGUGUGUAAAUAUAUUGAAUUGCAUAUUUAUUUUCUUUUGUAUACUGCCCUCUUCAAUUUGGUCACUAUACAAGUUGAAGGGCUGCUGGUCAUAUAUAUUGUCUAUGGUUUUUUUGCCUUCGGGUCGAAGGUUUGAAAUAAUAAAAACAAACAAACAAACAAAUAAAAACGGUAAAAUAGAGAUGAUACAGAUUUACUUACAGCUUGAAACAAUUUGCUGCAAAUAAGCUUCAUAUUUCUUUGUGCAGUUUCAUCUUUAAAAUGUAUAAAUAACAGAUAAGCUGCUUGAAAAAAAAAAUAAAACGGUGUGAGAUUUUGUGACCUCACCCAGCCGCACACUGCCAGAUCCUCUUGUUUCGCCAUGUCACUCAAAGGGGGUUUAUGAAAACAUCUGCCCGGACUUUACCUCUGUAUGCUUUUGAUUUUUUUAGAAUCUGUACCCACUCCUUCCUACCAGUGUAAAUGUUUUGUACGACUACAUGGUUUGUAUACGAGAAAUCCAUUGUGACUGCAUCAUUUGAAAACCUUUACAGUGUAAACAAAAAAAAAAGAAACGCAAAUGUAUUCUUUGUUUUUUUGGGUACUUUAUAAAAAAAUUUAAAUAAACUGUGACUAAAUAUGAGUUGAA